AUGCAGCUCGUGCUUCCGCAUCGCAGCCGGGUCGCUCCCCAGAGUUUCUUCCUCGCGGCGUCUUGCCCGGAAACCGCUGCGCCUGCCGAAGCAGGAGGUCUCCCUAGACCGUCUUGGCUGGCCUUCGGUUUCACGGCAAUGACCUGGCGCCCAGGCCACUCUGAGUGCCGGGCACGCCUUCGUUGGGAUGAGCUCUCGGUUCCGUGCCAUGUCUACAGAAGGACUCGGGAAGAGGUCUUGCAGGUCCCAAACAGUCUGGGUUUCUUGCUGGCCUGGCUCUGCUGGCCCAGAGCAGUGGAACCAUCUUGCUGUUUCCUGUAUCUUCACGGCUUCCCAGAUCAAAGCCUUGACCACCGCAAGGAGCUCUCCAGCUACGGCCAACUACGGCCCACACUGCCUCGGCGAUUGGCAGCUCAGCUCCUGGAUGCUCGUCCCGAGGCAGCUUUCGCGGCCUUCAACUUUUCUGGUACCCCUGGGUCUGAUGCGAGCUGCCCUUUCCGUGACAAAACAGUCACCCAAGAACUCUCCGAUACGCUGGCCAUGAUAUCUUACUUGCGGGAGAGAUGGCCUGGGCUUCCCAUCCACGUCAUCGGCAUCUCCACUGGUGCCAUCGUUGCCAGUUUGCUGAGAGGUGUUGGCGCUAUCGGCGACAUCACCAUCACCACUAUCGCUGGACUGAAGAAUGUCCAGAGAGGCUUCUGCUUCGAUUUUGACACAGUGCAGCAGCAGGCAUUUGACAGCGACGGUGAAUGCUGGAAGGAAUUCUGGCUGCCCCGUGAAUCUCUGUCAAAUCCACCUGAAGCCAAGUUCAAUGUGCUUGGCUCCAACUCCGGCUCGGAGGGCUCGGACUCCGAACGCUGGGAGAAGGCCCAUUUGCCGCUUGCUGCAGCCUACCGGGAGGACUUCCUGAAGUUGGAUUUGUCCACCGCGAUUUCUGCUGGCACUGCACCUUUGCUGGUCCUCCAUGGUGACCGCGACCGCAGCGUACCGCUGGAGAAUGGUCAGGAGCUGUUCGAGGCAGCUGCGCAUCCAAAGGAGCUCUUGGUGCUGAAAGGUGGAGACCAUUUGUUGCGAAGCUCGAAGACAGCAAGCAAAGCGGGCCGGGCCAUUCUUGAUUUCACGUCCAAGUACCCACGAGGAGACACUGUGGACGAGCACUGA